UGGUCAUGCGCAGACAGCAGCUGGGAUUUACGAGGUGUGCGCAUGCGCUGCUCUGAAGAGACGGGAACCGACUGACAGAAACGCACCGAGUAACCGGCCGGGAAGAGGAGAUGAAAGGUUGUAGGCAGGCUUGUGUGUAGCUGUGCGGCGUCCCGCAGUCACGGACGCCUGUUAUUGGCUGGUCAGACUGUCUGGAAGGUUCGGUGCGGGGCAAGGGCUGACAGGCCACACACAGUAAAGUGUUUAUUAGUGCCCCCCUUCCUCCCUCCACACAGACUGUAUCUCCCCCCAGCCCCCACACCCUUCUCCUCACAUACAGACACUCUGUAUCUGGCCGGCUCACUGCCCUCCACACCAUUCCCAUCCUCCACCUCCUCUUCUAUUAUAGAGUGAGUGUGUCACCCGGCCACAGCCUGUCUCCCUUUUCUUUCCAUGGCCUGCCGUGAAUGACAGCCACUGGGGCUGGGCCCCUUCCCACACCUGGAUAGAGCAGACUGCGGCCCCUGUGUGCUCCCCCUCACCCCAACUGGAUCACCAUGGGGGAGACCAAGGUUAUCUACCACCUGGAUGAGCAGGAGACUCCUUAUCUGGUCAAACUGCCUGUGCCCUCCGAGAGGGUGACCCUGGCAGACUUCAAAGGGGUGCUUAACAAACCCAACUACAAGUUCUUCUUCAAGUCUAUGGAUGAUGACUUUGGGGUGGUUAAAGAAGAGAUCUCAGAUGACAAUGCAAAGCUGCCCUGUUUCAAUGGACGAGUAGUAUGUUGGCUUGUAUCUGCUGAUGGCUCGCAAUCAGAUAGUGGCUCUGUCUGUGCUGAUAAUCAGUCUGAUUUGCCUCCACCGAUUGAAAGAACAGGAGGAAUUGGAGAUUCUCGGCCACCAUCAUUUCAUCCAAAUACACGAGGUAGCCAAGAAAAUCUGGACAAUGAUACUGAGACAGAUUCUGUUGUAUCUGCACAGCGGGAAAGACCAAGAAGAAAAGAGGCGUCGGAACAUGCUCCCAGGCUAAAUGGUACAUCAAAGACGGAGAGACGCAGGGACACUGGAGGGUAUGAAAGUUCAUCUACCCUUAUGAGCAGUGAGCUGGACACAACUAGCUUCGUUGACUCUGAUGAGGAUGAUUCCACUAGCAGGUUUAGUAACUCCACGGAGCAGAGCAGUGCAUCUCGUCUAAUGAGGAGGCACAAGAGACGCAGAAGGAAAACAAAAACCCCUCGUAUUGAGAGGUCGUCGUCUUUCAGCAGCAUCACAGACUCUACUAUGUCUUUGAACAUCAUCACAGUCACGCUCAAUAUGGAGAAAUACAACUUUCUGGGCAUCAGCAUCGUUGGACAAAGUAAUGAACGUGGGGAUGGAGGAAUCUACAUUGGUUCCAUCAUGAAAGGAGGAGCUGUGGCUGCUGAUGGGAGGAUUGAGCCAGGAGAUAUGUUACUGCAGGUCAAUGACAUAAAUUUUGAGAACAUGACCAAUGAUGAUGCUGUCAGAGUCCUUCGAGAGAUUGUGCACAAACCAGGGCCAAUUACACUCACUGUUGCCAAAUGCUGGGAUCCUUCUCCACGUGGCUGCUUUACUUUACCCAGAAGUGAACCAAUCCGACCUAUUGAUCCAGCAGCUUGGGUUUCUCACACAGCAGCAAUGACUGGAACUUACCCAGUCUAUGGGAUGAGUCCAUCUAUGAGUACAAUCACGUCAACCAGCUCUUCAAUUACAAGCUCUAUACCAGAAACUGAGCGUUUUGAUGACUUCCACUUAUCUAUACAUAGUGAUAUGGUAACGAUUGUAAAAGCUAUGAGCUCCACAGAAUCUGGCCUGGAAGUUCGUGAUAGGAUGUGGCUUAAGAUAACAAUUCCCAAUGCUUUUAUUGGUUCUGAUGUGGUGGACUGGCUUUAUAACCAUGUGGAGGGCUUCACGGAUCGGCGAGAAGCGCGGAAAUAUGCCAGCAACCUCCUUAAAGCUGGAUACAUCCGCCACACUGUCAACAAAAUCACUUUCUCUGAGCAAUGCUACUAUAUUUUUGGAGAUCUUUGUGGCAACAUGGCAAAUCUCUCUCUUAAUGACCAUGAUGGGUCUAGCGGAACAUCUGAUCAGGACACACUUGCUCCCUUACCGCACCCAGGAGCUGCUCCAUGGCCAAUGGCAUUUCAGUAUCAGUAUCCAUUGCCUCAUCCCUACAGCCCACAUCCAGGUUUCCCAGAUCCUGGAUACAGCUAUGGUGGUGGAAGUGCUGGCAGCCAACACAGUGAAGGUAGUAGAAGUAGUGGUUCCAACCGCAGUAGUACAGAAAAAAGAAAAGACAGAGACCCAAAGGCUGGAGAUUCAAAAUCUGGAGGGAGUGGAAAUGAAUCUGACCACACUACACGGAGCAGUAUGCGCCGAGAAAGAGCAGCAAGUGAACGUUCAGUGCCAGCUAGUGAACAUAGUCACAGGAGCCACCACUCCAUUGCACACAGCAUCCGAAGCCACCACACACACCAGUCUUAUGGUCCCCCUGGUGUACCCCCACUCUAUGGUCCUCCAAUGAUGAUGAUGCCAGCACCUCCCCCAGUGAUGGGGCCACCAGGAGCCCCACCCAGCCGUGAUUUAGCCUCCAUCCCACCAGAACUCACCGCUAGUAGACAGUCUUUCCGCAUGGCCAUGGGCAAUCCUAGUGAGUUCUUUGUGGAUGUUAUGUGAGCAAACUUUACAACUUUGACCUGUUUUUAAAAGUUUGUGUUUAUUUGAGAAUUUCCUAAUUAUUAUUUACAUCUUGAUACUAAGAACCGAAAUGGAGAGGCUAAUCCAGUCCCAAUGAGCUGUGUGUGUGAUGCUCGCACGGAUCCUCUCAUCUGCCACUAAUCCAUGCACCUAAUCUCUCAGACCCUGCUCCAGACUGUGUGUUUGUGCAGAGGUAGAAGGCUGGCCGUAUUCUUGCCUUGUUGCUUGGCUUUUGUUAACAGAUUGAUUUUAACAAAUUUAAUAUUGCAUCUAAAAGAAAAAAGGCCUCAGUAGUGGAAUGGAGCUACUCUUUAUUUACGUCUUAUUUUUAUUAGGAUUUUUUUUACCAUUGUGUUUCUUUUAUCAAGCAGCCAAGAAUUCGGGGGUCUUUGACUUUCUCUGAGCUGUCUGCCAGGGAAAGUGUAUGAUCCUCAGUCGGAGGGUAUCCCUUCGCAUCUCAUGGCGUCAUUGUAGAGAGAAGGAAAAACCUGUUGAAAAGGAAGAUAUUGCCUUUUAAGUAGAAGACGACUGAUGGGAAUGAAGCACCACAAGCCUUAUACAUUUACAAUGAACGUGUCUUAUGUUUUUUUUUUUGUUGUUUUUUUUUUUUUUUUUGUCCAAUUUCGCGAGUGCCAUGAAUUUUCAUAUAAACUGAUGUUGAACCAGCCACAUACACUUUAUUCUAUUAUUAAUCUGCUCUCACAGCUCCUUAAUUUUUAAAAAAAGGUACAUAUUUUUGACAUGUAGUUGGGAUCCUAAGCUGCAGUUCUUUUCUGCCAGUAAGGCCUGCAACUUUGUACUUAUUGUUAAUAUUGUGUUGCACAUCAAACUGGCAGGGGAAAGUUUGCUUCUUUCCUGGAAAGGGGGAAGGGAAGUGUCCUGUUGCUGUUACACAAGGUUCUUCUCUACACAGGCCUUCCCUUGUCUCAUGUUGGAGAUGUUCCAGGAAUGGUGCUAGUAUUUGUAUUUUCACUACUAUUUUUCAUCUUCAGCUGGUUGCCCCCCAAAACACUAAAUAAAAGGCACAAUCGGGGCAAGGGCAAUGACAAUAGAUUGUACUAUUCACUGAGUUGUAACCUCUCAGACCUUGUAUAAACACAGAAGGCAAGGACAGCAUAAAGAUGGCACAAUGGCAGAAUUUCAAGAAUUUGCCUUAGCAUCUACCAAAAGGUAGACUUGUUUUGUACAGCAUAACCUGCUCUGGAAUGGAGUAAAUUCACUGUUGUCUGGGAGCUAAACACCUAUAAACAGGUUCCUGUGUUCUUCUUUUUUCCAUUGCUUUGUUGCACUGAAAUUUCUGCUGCAAUAAAUCUACACAUGUUUUAGGUU